AUCAGACUCCAAUCUGGCAAUCUCCUCUCUCCCUCCCUCCCUCUCUCUCUCUCUCUCUCUCGUAUUCGAAAGAAUUAUUCAACUUCAGUUUGAUCAUGAUUAAAUUCCUUUGCACUUCCGUGGCCGUUAUUAUCUGCUGCAAUUCAAUUUGAUCCAGUUAACUUGAAUUCAAAUUAGUGAUUGCAUGAUCAAGGUAAUUAACUGGUGGGUGGUAUGGCUAAAAUUAGAGACAGAACAGAGGAUUUUAAAGAUGCAGUAAGGCACACUGCUGUUUCCUUAGGUUACAAUGAGGCCAAAUUGGCAGCCAUUAUGGCGUCCUUUAUCAUUCAUAAACCACGGCAAAGGUCACCGUUUACUAAAGCUGCUCUUAAAACGCUUGAAAGCAUUGGAGCUUUAGAACAAUUUAUGUUGAAGCAUAGGAAGGAUUAUGUUGAUCUGCAUCGUACCACCGAACAGGAGAGGGAUAGCAUUGAACAAGAGGUUACUGCAUUUAUUAAAGCAUGCAAAGAACAAAUUGACAUUCUCAAGGAUAGCAUAAACAAUGAAGAAGCAAAUACAAAGGGAUGGCUUGGCAUCAAGGCUGAUGCCUCCAACGCUGAUACUAUAGCACACAAACAUGGAGUGGUUUUGAUUUUAAGUGAGAAACUUCAUUCGGUCACUGCACGGUUUGAUCAGCUUAGAGCCAUACGCUUCCAGGAUGCUAUUAAUAAGAGGAUACCAAGGAGAAAAGUUAACCGGGCUGAAAAUAAAAAUACAAGCUCUGUUGAUUCCUCUAAAACAAACAAUUUAGAGUUUAAGGAACCUGAUGAAAUUCAGCCGGAGCCUCUUAGAGUUCAACAGCAAUUGUUGGAUGAUGAAACUCGUGCCCUACAGGUGGAGUUGACUAGUCUUCUAGAUGCAGUUCAAGAAACUGAAACUAAGAUGGUAGAAAUGUCUGCAUUGAAUCACCUCAUGUCCACACAUGUUCUGCAACAAGCACAACAAAUAGAGCUUCUGUAUGAGCAGGCAGUUGAAGCUACAAAGAACGUAGAGCUUGGAAACAAAGAGUUGUCGCAGGCAGUACAGCGGAAUAGCAGUAGCAGGACUUUUCUCUUGCUUUUCCUUUUUGUGCUUACUUUUUCAAUCCUCUUUCUAGAUUGGUAUAGCUGAGCUUCUCAUAGUCCAUGUUGACUUUUGCAAGUACAGUUUUUCUUGUAGAUUUGAUUACAGUAAGGGGGGAAAUGAUUUAUCAUCAACAUGUGAGCAAAUUUACUUGAGAUUGCAUUUUCAUUGCUGGAAUCAAAUCUCUCUGUUUCAUACUGAAAUAGAGGCAUGCAUUUCUAGGCC